AUGGAUGAGCCGGGCGGCCACUACGACAGCGUGAGGGGCUUGCUCCUGUGCCGCGUGUGCCUAGGCAAGUUCCACUACACUUUGGACCGCGAGCCCUCGGCCAUUGACAAGUACAAGUCUGGAGAGUGUGACAGAUUCUUGGCUCGGUCUUCCACCGUGGCUGAUGGUUCGAAAGGCACGCCGGACAUAAAGCUGGAAGAGCCACAAGAGUCAGGUACCAUCGGCGACCGUGCGAAGUCCGUGCACACGUACCGCGAGAUGGUGGUGUAUGAUGAGGAUCAGGUCUAUCCAGAGUACUUGGUCCUCUACGAGCGACUUCAGAAGGGUGAAACUCCCGAACUGCCGCCCAAGGAUGUGCCAUUCUUGCCUCUCGGCGAGAGGUUCUUAUGGCUCUCAGAAACCGUACUCCCGCUAUUCCCGCUCCGCGAUGCCGAUUCUGUCGCCGUGUUGCGUUUUGGAGGCCUGCUCUCCCUCAGGGCGUUCUUCCGUCUGCCGAAACCAAGUCUGAGAGCCAAGGUUAGAGCUGCCAUUGCUGCGCGGCUGCACUUGGCAACUCAGGGCCGUGUCAGGCAAGUGUCGGGUCUAGUGGGAUCCGGGCAUCUCUGCAUGAAGCCGAUGUACUGCGGAAUGCCCGCGCAAGGCUGA